AGCGCGCCGCCGAGCGGGCCGCCGGUGCCCAUGGGCCGCGCCGAGGCCAUGAUCGCGCAAGCCGCCCCGCCCGAGGCCCCCGAGCUCUGCGACGUCCCUUGCACGGUAGAUGCGGCGCGGACCAAGUGCACGCGGAGCUUCCACGGCGUCAAGGUCGCGUUUGCCUUCGACACGCCGCUCACGCCCCAGCAGAACGUCAUGCAGCGCGUCGUGAAGGCCAUUCUUAAAAGAGAGACGGCCUUACUGGAGUCGCCGACGGGGACGGGCAAGACGCAGGCCCUCCUAUCGUCGUGUCUGGCGGCCCAGCGCCACUUGAUGCUCCAGGGCCAGAAGGUGGGCAAGAUCAUCUACGCGACGCGGACGAUCGGCCAGGUCAAGCAGCUGCCGGGCGAACUAAGGAGGAACCCCUACCGGGCGCUGGCCGCGCCGCUCGCGUCGCGCGCCCACUACUGCACGAACGACGCCGUCAAAGCCAGGGAGGGCGACAACGCGAGGUUAAGCCAGGCCUGCCGCAAGAUGGCGAAAGCGGUAGAGAAGUUUAGGGGCGGCGGCGGCGACGUGAUCUGGGACGACCAGAACCCCCAUCAUGAGCGCCAGCAGACCGUGGGCUGCCCCCACUACCGGGCGCUGUCCUCGCCCCAGACGGCGACGACACUGCACGCGACGCGGCCCGGGUGCUGCACGUCAUCAUCCCAAGACAUCGAGGACUUGGCGGGGGUCGUGAACAUGGACGACCUGCGCCGCCUCGCGCGGGGCGACGAGCCGGGCCACGAGGGCGCCUGCGCCUACCACUCGGCGACGGCGUUGGCCAAACGGUCCCACAUCAUCUUCUGCCCCUACCAGUACCUCAUGAACCCCAGUAUUAGGCAGGCCAUGGGCAUCGAGAACUACCUCGAGGACGCCAUCGCCAUCGUCGACGAGGCGCACAACGUCGAGAGCGUCGCGCGCGACGGCGGCUCCUUCGACAAAUCAUUAUUUGACCUGGCGCAGCUCGAGGACUACUGUACGAGAAGGCAAUCUGUAAGAGGGAAUUCCGUGAGCGCGCUGGGCGACGUCGUGAGACGGUUGCGGACGGGGCUCCUCGCGGCCCAGGAGGUCUGGUGCGGGCCGGCCCGCGAUGACGAUGAUGACGAGGACGAUUCAACAAAGUACCCAUGCGAUAUAUCAAUGGCGAAGCGCCAGAGAUUUCGCGUGUCGCCGGACGAGCGCGACGUCGUGCCGGGCUUCGACUGGGGCGCCGCGGACCGGCGGCCGACCACAGUAGGGUUCUUCGAGAAGUUCCAGCUGUCUCCCGAUUUACUGAACCGGGCCGCGGGCGAGGCUUCGGUGGUUGCAGAGGAAGCUAGGAACGCGGACGGCGACGAGUUUAUUAUUGGCGACCAGCUGGAAGGCUUGGCGGGCUGCUUGUUAUUGGCCUACCAGCAGCGGACGCACUACGCCAUCUGCUGCCGCGCGUGGCCGAACCAGAGUUGUGAAAGGCCCAAGCGCUUUAGGGAUUCGCUCCACAGCCAGGACUUGCAGCGACUCUCGGGCACGGAGCCGGCCUGGGGGUUUGAAUUAUGUGUCUGGCUGCUGCACCCGGGCGUUGUUCUAGAUGACCUCGCGAAGAAGGUCCGGUGUUUGGUGCUGGCGUCGGGGACGUUGGCACCCCUAGAUCAGACGGAACGGGAAUUGGGCAUCGAGUUUAGUAGGAGGAUGGCCACGAAGGCUUUGGAGGCGAAGCACGUCGUCUGUACCAAAAGGCAGGUUCUUGUUAGAGCGGUAGGAAGCGCCGCCUUUGAAAGUAGGCCGCCCGUGCAACUCAUGGGGAAUGCUGCCAAUCUAAAAAAGGACGAGUAUCGAUUGGCGCUGGGUGCGGCCGUCGUGAAACUUGUAUCAAGGUGCCCCGGCGGCGCGCUCGUGUUUUUACCGUCCUACAAAGUCCUUUCGUCGCUACGAUGGACGUGGCGCGACGACCGGCUCCAUUUGAGGUACGGCGCCGAGCGACAAGGUCGAGAGGUCAAUACCAUCCUAAGACGACUAGAAAGGGCCAAGGGCACGGUGCUCUUCGAGGGGAAGGGUGAUGGUGGUGACGCUACUCAUGAAGAAACGAUAGCGGACUAUAAAAGGGCCGUCGCGCGGCGCGGCUCGGCCCUGCUGUUUUGCGUUUAUAGAGGAAAAUGCUCCGAGGGCAUCUCAUACAACGACGACGCCUGCCGUUUAGUAAUAACGGUGGGGAUCCCCUACGCGCCGGCGUUCGACCACCUCGUGAUGCGGAAGCGGGCUUAUAAUGAUGCGAAGAUCAAGGGCGGGCUUGCCUUAGGCAUGGCGCCGGGCGCCUGUGAUCGCGGCGUCAUGUCGGGCCAGGCCUGGUACGCCACGCAGGCCUUCCGCGCGCUCAACCAGGCGCUCGGGCGGAGUGCGCGGCCGCGUUUGAAUUUGCGUUGUUGUGGCGUUUAUGUUUCCACGCAGGCAUCCGCCACCUCCACGACUACGGCGCUCUGGUAUUACUGGACGCGCGCUUCGCCGACGACCCCGCGGCGCGGCGCGGCGUCGCGGCGUGGCUCCGCGGCGCGAUCGAGGCCGCCUCGCUGCGCGACUGCGCGCGCGACUGCGCGGCGCACUUCGCCCCAAACGGCGCCGCCGCCUUUGUGGCGCGCGACUACCGCGAGCGCAUGGGGCUUAGAGCACUGAAGCCUGCCAACGUCGUCAAGCCUGAGGCCAAGCCGGACGUGAAGCCCGACGUCAAACCCGACGUCAAGCCGGCCGUCCCGCCGGCGCCUACGGUCGGCGAGCUCAAGGCGCGGCUCCGGGCCCGGGGCAUUCCGGAGCAGAAGAUAUCUGCAUGCCUCGAAAAGCGCGAGCUGGUCGCGCUCCUGGCGGAGGCCGAGGCACCCUCGCCGCCGGCCGCGUCGAUGGCGCCGCCAGCGCCGCCGGCGGCGCCGCCGUCGCAGGCGUCGGCCGCGUCGCAGCCGUUCGUCUACGACCUCGCCGGCUCGUCGAGCGACGAGGAGGACGGCGGCGCGGCCCGCGACGCGAAGCGGGCGCGCUUGUCGGAGGAGUCGUCGCGGUCGCUGCCGAGCUCCUUCUUCUGCGCUAUUUCCCACUCCGUGAUGCGCGACCCGGUCGUCUGCGCCGACGGCAUGACGUACGAGCGGGCUUACAUCGAAUCUUGGCUCCUCGCGCACGACACGUCGCCGCUGACCAACCAGCCGCUGCCGCACAAGCUGCUCGUGCCGAACAUCGCCCUCAAGCAGGCCAUCGACGAGAUGCUGGAGCGCGUGUGAGUGUAAAGAAAUGUGC